AUGAAUCAAGAUUUUUGCUCAGGUUGCCAUGUACGGCCCACAUCACUACAUGGUUUUUGUGAUGUUUGCAUCAAAAUUCGCUUGACCAGCAGUUCAAGCUCACCUACUGAACCAAACAGACCUUCGAUUACCACUAGACCUGGUCAGCAACCUCUUGGCGAUCCCAAUUCCCAUAACAUGUUCCCGGAGUCGUACCCUUCACAAUUUCCCAACCCUAAUCCGCCAUCUUCCUACUCAAACAUGCCACCGCAAAACUCACCUUUUCAUGCUCAUACCAAUGCUUUUGACGCACAGGCUUUCAAGCAAGCAGCCGCAAAAGUUGCUGCGCACAACAACACUCUCAGAUACCCCUCAACAUCAUCUACCUUUUUGCCGCCCUCCACCUCCUCCACACCGAUAACAUCACCUACUGCCCCAUUUGAUCCAUUCGCCGCUGCCAAAGAGAACCGUACACGCCAUGGGUCAACCUUCCCACCCAAUACAAACAAGAACAAGCGCGGACGAGCAGUCUCUAGCGGAUCAACAUCCACCCGUUCACGAGGCCGAAACAGUUCAGACAUCCCCGCAUAUGACGCAUCUAGCCCGGUUAUUACUUUCCUCUGUGGCUUUGAAACUUUCAAAUCAUCCAAAUGGGCUAAAGUAAAGCCGCUCUCAGUAACUCGUACCAUCGACAUCUACCGUCCAGAAGCUUACAAUGAUCUGCGACUGGACCUUUGGACACACUUUCAAAGAGUCUUUGUCCCCAAUGAUAUCAUCGACACUCUCCCUCCGGCCGGUUUCGCUUUUACAACUUUGGGGAGUCAGGAAGGUUCAGUUAAUAACACUGAUCUCCAGUGGUGGUUUUCCCAAAACAGCUCAAUCAAUAUUAUCUAUGACCAUUCCCUAUACGAAUACAGUCUCGCUUCUAACAAAUCUGAUCAUCCUCAAGCUCUCGAUAUAUCAUUAAUUACAGAAGAAUUGACGAAGAAAACCAAGAUUGGUCUAUGUAGCCACCAAUUAUCUUUGCUACAUACCACAGAAGACAACACAUUACAAGGAAUCGAACGUUUCGGACGAUCGACCGAACCCUCACUGGUACACACACCUCGUGCAAAUUCGUGGGUUGCAGGCUUGCGAUGGACGGUCCAGGAAGAUGGAAAUACAGUGGACUCUGAUUUUGUUGCCUACCGUUGGCACCUUGGCGAGCAGCAGAAGGUGGGUCGAACUCACUCUGUUCAAUCCAUUGACCUCUGGCAUCCGGAUGGCCCCAUUACAUACAUCAGCAAGUCCACCAUAAAGAACUUCUUCAACCUUCGCAUUGUAGCUCCUACAAACACAGCACGCUUAUACAAUGCAGUUGACAUCUUAAUUCGAGAGUUCGUUUCGUAUGCCAAAUCUGUAUCUGGGCUCUCGAAUCAUACCGAGUUAUGGAAGACACUCAAUGAGUUACGUCUGGUCGAGCAUACCAUCAUCACUUCGGAAAAGCCGCCCGAUAAUGAAGAUUCAAACCAUAUACCGGAUGUCGAAGGGCCACACGAGGUGAUGCAUGUUGAGGAAGUUUUAAAUCAACCUCUCGUCUCUUUUGCAACCUCGGGUUUUUUUGGUUUCGCUAUGAUCAACAAACCUUCCAAUAUGCACUACUUAAUGGACGCCUUUUGUCAUUGGACCUACCAAAACAGUAACGGUCACCGAUUUGUGACUGAUCUACGUGGGUAUGGGUCAGUAGUCACCAACCCACAGAUCCAUGACGCCGAUCCAGUAAAUGUUUGGGGAAGCAGGAACGGGCGAGGUGCUGCUGUGGCACUCCUGCCUGAUCAACACCAAUGCCAGCUUGCCUGUCAGCUCCUUCAGCUCCCCAAAUUGGUUCGAAUUCCCGUGUCAAUUCCCAAUCCUGAUUCAAUAUGGCAACACCGAUUGCAACUACCAGGCGGAAGCAAAAUCGAAGCUGGACAUGUGGACCUUCCGGCCUUUUUAUCUGCUUCGGCUAGCCUUGCUUCCCGCAACACCCCUCCUGCGCCUCCGCCAAAUCUUUUCUGA